AUCGAGUUGGUUGGUUCGUACGCUUUGCGACGCAAGCCGGCGAGAUUGCAUUUUGGCUCACAGUCUCUCUUUGAUUUCUCUAUAAACAACAAUGGCUCCCCCUCCUCCGGCUGGCGAAGAACGCGUUGUGAUCCUCCGUACGACGGGCGGUGAAAUCGCGCCCGCGUCGGCGCUCGCGCCCAAGGUCGGUCCGCUCGGUCUCUCGCCCAAGAAGGUCGGCGAAGACAUUUGCAAGGCCACGCAGGACUGGAAGGGCCUCUCGGUCACGGUCAAGCUCACGAUCGUGAACCGCGUCGCGACGGUCUCGCUCAUCCCGUCGGCCUCGUCGCUCCUCGUCAAGGCCCUCAAGGAGCCGCCGCGUGAUCGCAAGAAGGUCAAGAACAUCAAGCACGAUGGCAACUUGACGCUCGAGACGGUCAUUGACAUCGCCCGCACCAUGCGCUCGCGCUCGAUGGCCCGCCACUUGUCGGGCACGGUCAAGGAGAUGCUCGGCACGGCCGCGUCGCUCGGCUGCACGGUCAACGGCGAAGCCGCGACCGAGAUCCAGCGCCGCAUCACGGAAGGCGAGAUCGACAUCCCCGAAACUAAGUUGUAAAUGCAAGAGCCAAGAGGGACACCCUUCGGACCACGUACCUGG